CUAAAAUUAGAACACCUACCCAAAAAAGAUGAAGUCUCUUCAUUGUUUUUGGUUUCUUUUGAUUAUAGCUUAUACCGUUUUGAGAUCAGUCCAAGCUCAAAAUCAAGCAGGAUUUAUCAGCUUGGAUUGUGGGUUGGUGCCUAAGGAAACUACUUAUGUGGAGAAAUCUACGAAUAUAACAUACAAAUCGGACGCGGAUUACAUCGACAGUGGAUUGGUUGGAAAGAUAAAUGAUGCAUACAAGACUCUGUUUCAGCAGCAGAUUUGGGCCUUGAGAAGCUUCCCUGUGGGUCAAAGAAACUGUUACAACGUCAACCUUACGGCAAACCAAAAAUAUUUGAUCAGAGGAACCUUUGUCUAUGGGAAUUACGACGGUCUAAAUCAGUUCCCAAGCUUUGAUCUUUAUAUCGGUCCUAAUAAAUGGUCUUCUGUGAAAAUAAGAGGAGUUACAAAUACUUCUAUGCAUGAGAUAAUCCAUCUUGUACCAAAAGAUAGUCUUCAAGUUUGUCUUGUUAAAACUGGACCGACAACACCAUUCAUUUCGUCGCUUGAGUUUCGUCCCUUGAACAAUGAAACUUAUGCCACGCAAAGCGGAUCAUUGACGCUGUUCGCUAGAGUAUACUUUCCAUCAAGUUCAUCAUCUUUCAUCAGGUAUGAUGAGGACAUACAUGACAGAGUGUGGAAUUCAUACACAGAUAAUGAAACCAUCUCGAUAAGCACAGACCUACCGGUCGAUACAAGUAACAUCUACGAUGUGCCUCAAUCCGUGAUGAAGACUGCUGCUGUCCCUAGAAAUGCUAGUCGGCCAUGGUACUUAUGGUGGGAUCUUGAUGACAUAACCGCGCAGUCAUAUAUUUAUAUGCAUUUCGCCGAAAUCCAGAAUCUAAAAGACAGUGACAUAAGAGAAUUCAACAUUACUUACAAUGGAGGCAUACGUUGGUUCAGCUAUUUAAGGCCUUCCAAACUCAGCAUUUCUAUAUUCUCCAAUCCAAAGGCAGUGAGUUCUUCAGAUGGGAUAUUUAAUUUCACUUUCGUAAUGACGGGUAACUCUACUCUUCCUCCCCUUCUAAACGCCCUCGAGAUCUAUACAGUUGUAGAACUUCAACAGCUAGAGACAAACAAAGAUGAAGUUUCUGCUAUGAUGAACAUCAAGGAAACUUAUGGUUUGAGCAAAAAGAUAAGCUGGCAAGGAGAUCCAUGUGCUCCUCAGGUUUAUCAGUGGGAAGGUGUAAACUGCAGUUAUCCGGACUCCGAGGCAUCACGGAUCAUAUCCUUGAACUUGAAUACGAGCGAGUUAGCAGGAUCCAUAACAUCAGACAUAUCCAAGCUAACACAGUUAACAGUACUAGAUUUAUCAAAUAACGAUUUAUCAGGAGAGAUUCCAGCAUUUUUUGCUGAUAUGAAGUUGUUGAAACUCAUAAACUUAAGCGGGAACCCGAAGCUUAAUCUCACAGCAGUUCCAGACUCUCUUCAGGAAAGGGUAAACAAAAAAUCUUUAACACUAAUUUUGGGUGAAAACCAAAAUCUGAAUCCCAAAAAGGAGAGUAAAAAGGUUCCAAUGGUUGCUAUCGCAGCAUCGGUGGCUGGCGUGUUCGCUCUUCUAAUUAUUUUUGCCAUAUUCUUAGUCAUUAAAAAGAAAAGUUCCAAAAUCACUAAAGGCAUGAAUCACCACUACCAGCUCUUGAGAUUGAUGAAAAAUGGAAAACUUGUCUGGUUAUUUUUUUCUCUAUUCAUUUCACAUAUUUUGGUAUGUUUUACAGCUCCUGGACCUCCAUCAGUCGCUGCUGAUAUAGUUAGAAGUGAGACAAGAUCAUCCAAUCCAUCAAUCAUGACAAAGGAACGCAAGAUCACGUAUCCCGAGGUACUGAAGAUGACUAAUAACUUUGAGAGAGUUCUUGGCAAAGGAGGCUUUGGAACAGUGUAUCAUGGAAACUUGGAUGGUGCUCAAGUCGCUGUGAAAAUGCUUUCUCAUUCAUCAGCUCAAGGUUAUAAAGAAUUCAAAGCAGAGGUGGAGCUUCUUUUAAGAGUUCAUCACAGACAUUUGGUGGGGCUUGUUGGUUACUGUGAUGACGGAGAUAACUUGGCUUUGAUUUAUGAAUACAUGGAAAAUGGAGAUCUGAGGGAGAAUAUGUCAGGAAUACGCGGAGGCAAUGUCCUUACUUGGGAAAACAGGAUGCAAAUAGCUGUAGAGGCUGCACAAGGACUGGAGUAUCUGCACAAUGGAUGUAGGCCUCCUAUGGUCCAUAGAGAUGUUAAAACUACUAACAUCUUAUUGAAUGAGCGGUCCGGAGCGAAACUAGCGGACUUUGGACUUUCGAGAUCUUUCCCUAUCGAUGGCGAAUGUCAUGUCUCGACAGUGGUUGCCGGAACACCUGGUUACCUUGAUCCCGAGUACUACAGAACAAACUGGCUAAGCGAGAAGAGUGAUGUGUACAGCUUUGGUGUAGUGCUAUUAGAGAUAGUCACAAACCAGCCUGUGAUAGAUAAAACCCGAGAAAGACCUCACAUCAAUGAAUGGGUUGGGUUCAUGCUCACUAAAGGAGACAUCAAGAGCAUUGUUGACCCAAAACUGAUGGGGGACUAUAACACAAACGGUGCAUGGAAGGUUGUGGAGCUUGCUCUGGCUUGUGUGAACCCGUCUUCGAACCGGAGACCAACAAUGUCACACGUUGUAAUGGAGCUAAACGAGUGUGUGGCAUUUGAAAAUGCAAGGAGACAAGGUAAUGAAGAGAUGUACUCUAUGGGUUCUGUUGACUAUAAUAGUCUCUCUUCUGCUUCAGAGUUUGCCCCUGGAGCCAGAUAAUUUGUGAAUAUCUUCUUAUUUCCUUUUUUUUUUUUCUUAAAAAUUCCUUUGUCAAUUCAUCCAUGUAUGUUUUGAAGAAAUAAUAUACAUUCUAUAGUUUCCUUUUGUAUAAAUAAAAGAAACUUUCUUAUUAUAAAGAGAACAAAGAUCAUGAUACUCUGUUU